AUGGCCAAAAGUCCAGUCCGGACCAGCGAGACCGCGACACCAGCCAAGACGACUUUAGUGCGGAAACCAAAAUUCACCGACUACCUUAGAGUCUUCACCUACGCGACGAAAUGGGACUUCUUCGUCUACGUGAUCGCGUCGGUGGCGUCCAUCGCCGCCGGCGUCACCCUGCCGCUCAUGAACAUCAUCUUCGGCCAGCUCGUCGGCCAGUUCACUAGCUACUUCAGCGACAACACCACCAUCACCCGCUCGCAGUUCGACAGCAUCCUCAACCGCCAGGCCUUGUACAUCACGGCCCUCUUCGUCGGCCGAUGGGCGCUCAACGCCAUCAACAAGUUCUGCUUCAGGAUGAUUGGGAUCCGGCUCUCGUCUGCCAUCCGCCUGCACUAUCUGCAGUCGUUGUUCGCUCAGUCGAUUCACGUCAUUGACUCGAUGCCUCCAGGAGCUGCGGCGACUGCCAUCACGGGGACGUCAGCUGUGUUGCAGAUCGGCAUUUCCGACCGCCUGGGCACCUUCUUGCAGUUCAACGGCACGAUCUGGGCGGCCCUGGUCAUUGCCUUCAUCUGGAGUUGGGAUCUCACCUUGGUGACUGCGUCGUUAAUCCUGUACAUUCUGAUCGUCCUGGCCGUGGUUAUGCCUAUCAUCGUCAAGGGAGAGACUGCCACAACCGAAGCUGAUGCUCAGGGUACUGCCGUCGCGAGCGAAGCCCUUGGAGGUAUUCGUUUGGUGAUGGCUUGCGGUGCGCAGAGGCACAUCAUCUCCCGCUAUGAAUCUUGGGUGCAGGAAGCUAUGAAGCGGGCCCAGAAGACUGCCCCAGUUGUGGCGAUUCAGUUCGGUCUUAUCUUUUUCGGCGUAUUCGGUGCGUUCGGUCUGGCAUUCUGGUACGGCACCCAGCGCUACAUCGCCGGCGCGCUCAACGAUGCUGGUGUGGUCGUCGUGGUGCUGAUGUCCGUUAUGAUGAUUCUUACUUCCCUAGAAAGGAUUUCAACACCAAUCAUCGCCGUCAGCAAGGCGAUGGUGGCUGCCUGCGAGCUUUUCACAGUGAUCGAUGCCCCUCUGCCUCCUACCGGUACCCUGAAGCCAGAUAUUGACUCUCAGGAUAUCGUGUUUGAAGACGUGACAUUCGAGUACCCCAGUCGGGCCGGUGUCAAGGUUCUCAACUCACUGAGCUUUCGCAUCCAGCCGGGCCAGAACGUGGCUCUCGUCGGUCCAUCUGGCUCCGGUAAAAGCACCAUCGUUGGCUUACUGGAGCGGUGGUACUCGUUAAGAGAGCAACACGCUUUGCCCCGGGUUGUUGAUGAUCAGUCUUUGGAAAAGCCAGAAAAUGAAACAGUGGAAUGCGUUAACGAAGAGCUGAAAUCGCUGAUUCUACCCAACCUCUCUGGGGCCAUCAGCGUCGGUGGCGUGAAUCUAGAGGACCUUGACCUCAAGUGGUGGAGAGCUCAGGUCGGGCUGGUUCAGCAGGAGCCCUUCCUUUUCAACAACACUAUCUUCAGCAAUGUUGCCAACGGCCUCAUCGGUACCGAGUGGGAGAACGAGCCCGAAACUGUCAAGCGAGAGCUUGUUCGUGACGCUUGUCAAGAAUCUUACGCCCACGAGUUCAUCUGCCGACUACCGGAUGGCUAUGAUACGCGGGUUGGUGACGGAGGCGCCAAACUGUCCGGCGGUCAAAAACAACGUCUUGCAAUCGCUAGGAGUAUUAUCAAGAAGCCUCGUAUCAUCAUACUCGAUGAAGCCACCAGUGCAAUUGACGCCAAAAGCGAAAAGAUUGUCCAGGCCGCGCUCGACCGAGUCACACAAGGACGCACCACCAUUACCAUCGCUCAUCGGCUAUCAACAAUCAAGAAGGCCGACAACAUCGUCGUGCUGCAACGAGGGCAGGCGGUCGAACAGGGCACUCACCAAAGUCUUCUGAGUGACCCUUCGAGUGUCUACAGCUCCUUGGUACGAGCCCAAGCACUAAAUUUGUCAACACCGGGGAAGUCAGUGUCAGACGCUUCUGCUUCGGGGCUCGAGUCGGAAAUGGAAGAGAAGGUUUUUGUGGAUCAUGUGAAUCUCCCGUCUGUAGCCUUUACGGAUACCUCUGAAGGCGAGGCGUCCCACAAGUCUCGUGGUCUGGUACGCAGCUUUGGAAAGCUCCUUUACGAACGGAGAGCGAAUUGGACGUCGUACAUUGCCGUAAUCUUGUCCUGCAUGGCGACUGCAGCCGGCACGCCUGUACAGGCGUGGCUCUUCUCCAAAGUCCUCGCCGUGUUUCUCCUGACUGGCGACGACCUCAAGAGAGGAGCAGACUUUUGGGGUCUGAUGUGGUUUGCCCUCGCCGGAGGUGUUGGUCUGGCUUACGUCGCUCAGUGCUGGAUCGGCCUGCGUCUCCAGUACUUCGUCAGCGCGACAUACAAGAAGCAAUACCUCACCGAUAUGCUGCAUCAACAUCUCAGCUUCUUCGAUGAGGACAAGAACUCCCACGGUGCCCUGAGCUCCAGAAUCUCAGGCGACGCAAAGUUACUAGAGGAGCUGCUUGGCUUGAACCUGGCGAUGCUGCUUUCCGGUAUCUUCACUGUCAUCGGAUGUAUCACCAUCGCGCUUAUUUUCGGCUGGAAGCUCGGCUUGGUCGCCAUGUUCAUCACUAUGCCAAUCAUGCUGGGCGCAGGAUUGUGGAAGUACAGACAUGAGGUGCAGUUCGACAAGAUGAAUAUGGCGGUCUUUGGGGAGAGCUCGCAGUUCGCCACCGAAGCUAUCGGGGCUAUCAGGACAGUCUCCUCUCUCGGUAUGGAAUCCGUCAUCAAUGCGCGGUACGAAAAGCUCCUCAGCGGACACAUCCUAGCAGCUCGUCGCAAAGCACAGUGGACGGCCGUGCUCUAUGGCUUCGCAGAUAGUGCGUUGGUCUUCUGGUACGGCGGCAGGCUUUUGGCCAGUGGCGAGUAUUCCAUGGAGGCAUUCUUCGUCUGUUUCAUGGCAAUCAUUCAGGGCGCAGAGGCAGCCAGUCAAAUUUUGGCCGUGGCUCCCAGCGCUGCGCAGGCGGCUGCUGCUGCUGAUCGCAUCCUCGACGUCAGGGAGUCUGCGGAUGUUGGUCAAGCCGCGACAAGAGGCAGUGAAGACAUAGCCGAAGCCGAAGGAGGCGUGCGAGUCGAGUUGCGAGACGUCGACUUCAAGUAUCCCACGCGUGACGUUGUCGUGUUCGAGGGUCUGAACCUCACCAUCGAGAAGGGUCAAUACGCGGCCUUCGUGGGCCCCUCGGGAUGCGGCAAGACAACCAUCAUCUCUCUCCUGGAACGGUUCUACGAUCUGAACAAAGGCCACGGCUCGAUUCUCUGCAAUGGCGUCAAUAUCCACGACCUCGACGUGUAUGAGUACCGCCAGCACGUCUCACUCGUCGCUCAGGAGCCGAUCAUGUUCCGAGGGAUGGUCCGCGAUAACAUUCUCUUCGGCAUCGAGAAUCCUAGCUCGAUUUCUGAUGAGAGGAUACACGAGGUCUGUAUCGACGCCUUCAUCCACGACUUCAUCGUCUCUCUGCCCGAGGGUUAUGAUACCGACGUCGGUGCCAAGGGCGUGUCCAUGUCUGGCGGACAGAAGCAGCGCAUUGCCAUCGCGCGUGCCCUGAUCCGCGAUCCUAAGCUCCUGCUGCUGGACGAAGCCACAUCGGCGCUGGACUCUGAGUCAGAGAAGAUUGUGCAAGCCGCAUUCGAGAGGGCGCGUGAUGGACGGACCGUGGUGGCCGUGGCCCACAGGCUAUCGACCAUCCAGAACGCUGAUGUCAUUUUCGUCUUCAGCGAGGGAGGGUGGUGGAGAAGGGGUCUCACAACGAGCUUAUUAGGAAACAGGGCGUCUACUGGGAGAUGUGCCAGACUCAAGCCUUGGAUCAAUAGGUGA